CUCUCCGCAAGUUUCUCCCGCUCGGUUUUCUCUUCGGAACUCCCCGAAAGUGGCCGGCAAAGGAAGCAGGGGGAGUCCCCGGAGCCCCCUCCCUCAUCCUCCAGAGCUGCGCGGGAGGAAAAAGGACCGCGGGCCGUCUGGGGGAAGGGGGCGAUGGUCUCCCUGCGGGGAGGGCGUGGCCCCGGGGACCGCGUCAUCGCAUGCAAAUGAGCGGGAUUCCCUUUUCUCCCCCCUCCCCGCCCCGCCCUUGGGAGGGGGUCUCCACCGCCCUUCCGUUUGCAGACCCUCCCCCCCCAAGAGCCCCGGGGACCACGAUCAAAUCCAUAGCGCCGCCGAAGAAAGAGGGCUUCUGAGCGUGUGCAAAGCGCCCCUCCUUUUGCCUGGCCUUGGUUUGGGGCGUGCGGCGGGGAGGGGGGGGCUCCCAUUAGCGCCCUGCUUGCCUUGGCUGCUCUGACCCGGUUAGAAGGGCGGGGAUGGGAUGGGAUGGGACGCCACGAGGAAAUCCCAGGACUGUCUAGGAUGUUCCUAAUAUCAAGGGAUGGGGGGGUGUCUUUCCAACUCGGAGCCCCCCUCCCCAAUGAAGAGUGGGGGGAACCCCUCUCCUGGCCACCCCCUGCUAAGUCAGCCCCCUCCCCUCCCGCCGUGGGGGGGUUGUAUUGGCACAGAUUUGGGGUGGGGGUGCCUUGACCCCUCCCAUCCCCGCCUGGCCGGCGUCCCGUUGGAGUUACUUGCCUGCGCCAAGUAGCCCAGCGCAGCCCAGCCCAGCCCAGCCCAGCCCCAGGAGGGGAGGCGGAGUCUCUCGGCCGGCUCCCCCAACAGCUGGCUGGCCGCUGUCUCACUCGCUACCCUCGCCCGCCUGCCCGUUUGCAGCUCCUGGCAUCGCCUGCAGCCCCCCCCCCACACCCUCCCUUCCUCCCCUGGGAUCUCUCCCCCCUUCCCUCCUAUUUGGAGCCCCCCAAAACUAUAGAAGACCUUAAUUCUCCCAGGGGUGUAUGUGGGAUUCAGUCCUUGUCCCCCCCCAAUUCCUCCCCAACGGUGCAAGCUUUGCAGAGCUGCAGAUCUCUUCAGCGGGGCUUGGGGACGCCAGCGCUGGCAGGGGACGCCCCUCAAAAAGUGGCUUAAAAAAGGGACAAUGCAACUUCUGCUCCUUGCUGGGUGUGUUUGUGUGUGUGAGAGAGAGAGAGACAGACACACACACCCCAAAAAAGGGCAGGAAUUCUGCAAGAGGGAAAUUGGGAAGGGGUUUUUCCAGGCUCAGGAGCAAAGGAAGAGUAGACCCAGAGGGAUAGCGAUGGAGAGACCCUGCUGCAGAUUUGAGGAGGGGUCCAGCAAGAAAGACUGACUCAUGAUCCCCUUGGCAACCCUGCCUCCAUCUCCCAAAGAAAUCACCAGGUCAGCAACUUAGAUCUGCCCAGAAAGUUGCCUCCGAAGAAAUAGGAUAGGAUAGGAUAAAAAGUGUGGAAUAGAAUAAAUGGAAUGGAAAUAUGGUAGGAUAGGAUAGGAUAGGAUAGAAAAUGUGGAAUAGAAUAAAUGGAAUGGAAAUAGAAUAGGAUAGGAUAGGAUAUAGAAUAGAAUAGAAUAGAAUAGAAUAGAAUAGAAUAGAAUAGAAUAGAAUAGAAUAGAAUUCAAUUCUUUACUGGCCAAGUGUGAUUGGACACACAAGGAAUUUGUCUUAGGUGUAUAUGCUCUCAGUGUACAUAAGGAGAAUAAAAUACGUUCAUCAAGAAUAAAGAGAUACAACACUCAGCGAUAGUCAAGGUUACUAAUAAACUAUUAAAUCGUACUAGGAAAUAAAUAAAAACAAUAUAAAUUGAAAGAUACAAGAAACAUGGUUAUAGUAAUAGAUGGGAAGAGAUAGUAAUAAGAAGAUUAAUAGUAGUGCAGAUUUAGUAAAUAGUUUGACAUUGUUGAGGGAAUUAUUUGUUUAGCAGAGUGAUGGCCUUCGGGAAAAAACUGUUCUUGUGUCUAGUUGUUCUGGUGGGCAGUGCUCUAUAGCGUCGUUUUGAGGGUAGGAGUUGAAACAGUUUAUGUCCAGGAUGCGAGGGGUCUGCAAAUAUUUUCACGGCCCUCUUCUUGAUUCGUGCAGUAUACAGGUCCUCAAUGGAAGGCAGGACAUCCUUCCGGAGCCCCUCCUGGUGCAGAUCCUGGCCUGCCUGCCUGCCCUCAACCUGGUGCUGGUGUGCCGCCUGGUUUGCUCCCAGUGGAAGGCACUGGUGGACGGAGGGGCCCUCUGGCUGCUGAAAUGCCAGGAGGAGGGCUUCGUGGGCGAGGAUGCAGAUGUGGAAGCCACAGAGAGCUGGCAAACCCUCUAUUUUCUCCAUAAGAAGAAGUGGAAUUUGGUCAAGAACCCAAACGGAGAAGGAAACCUUUUGAAGGAAGCGAAAGCCCAGAAGACUUGGAGCCAAGAACUGCUGGCUCGCUUCCAGCCGUGGCGCAACCUCUGGACUCUGUUCCCAUCGCCAGCAGUUAAAAGGGCGGAGAGAUGGAGCAGAGAAGCAGAGGAGGAGAGCAGCAGACCCAUCCUGAUCCCUCCGACCAGAGUCAGCGACCAGCAGGAACUGAGCAUGGCCCGGACACAGGAUACCAUUGAGACCUCGGCAUUGGGCCGCCCCUUCCAGCUGGGGAUGCUUUACGACUGGGUCACCCUUUGGGAUUACAGCUCUCUUCAGAAGGACCUGACCAUCAAGCCUCAGCCCAAGACAGAAUCAGAAAUCAUUGCAUCAGAUAGCAUAGAUGAUAAGAGCUCCGCCCUGGAUAUCUCAGCCUCCCUCAAGGUCAGUUUCCUGGGAGGGCUGAUUGAAGUGGGAGGGUCGGCCAAGUAUCUUCAGGACAAAAAGAAGUCCAAGCAACAGGCCAGAGUAACCGUUCAGUACAAAACCACCACCAAGUAUGAACAGCUGACAAUGAGACACCUGGGAAUCCAGAAUGUCUCUUACCCAGCCGUCUUUGAGCAUGGCACAGCCACCCACGUGGUCACCGCCAUCCUCUAUGGAGCCCAGGCUUUCUUUGUGUUUGACCGAGAAGUUUCUUCAACGGAAUCGGUGAAAGAUAUUCAAGGAACUCUCCAGCUUACAGUCAAGAAUCUGAUAUCCAUCACGGGAGAAGCAGAGGUCAAACUGACUGAGAAGGAGAAAGAGAAUGCUCAGAAGUUUAGUUGCAAGUUCCAUGGAAACUUUUCUUUGGAGAAAAAUCCAGUGACCUUCCAAGAUGCCAUGAAUAUUUAUGAAACUCUCCCAAAAUUGUUAGGGGAACAUGGGGAGAAGGCUGUGCCUAUGAGGGUCUGGCUCUACCCACUGACCAAGCUGGACAACAGAGCAGCUAAGUUGGUCCGUGAGAUCAGCCUAACAUUGAUCUUUGAUGCUGAAAAGAUCUUGGAGGAACUCAACGAAAUCCAGAUGCAAAGCAACGAUCUAAUCAAGAAUCGCAUGGCUGAGACCUUCCCUGAGAUCAAGAGGAAGAUCCGGCAGUUCAAGGAUCUGUGCAAGCAACACAGGCAGACUUUCCAGAAACAGCUGGCCAGAGUGUUGCCUUCCAUCCGGGGAGGAGGGCAGGAGGAAGGGACCCUGGUGGACAUCUUGAUGUCCGUCAACCAGUCGCCCUUCAACAGCCAAAGACUCCAUGAAUUUCUGGACACCAAGAAAAGAGAAAUGAACUUUGUCCAAUCUUAUCUGACUAUUCUAAGUCAAAUGCAAGUUAUCUCAUCUCAGAACGAACUGGAGGAAAUAGUUCUGAACCCCCAGAAUGUAUAUGUGGUCUCCUUUAUAUUCACCUCUUUACAUAAAAAGGAGCCAUUUCUGUUGAGCUUACAGGAUUGGCUUCAGGAACAAUUCUUGCAAGAAUCAGCGAACUCCACAAGGUCCUCUCCUGGGCAGAAGGAAGACAUGGCCUGGUUUGAGGACAAGGGGUGGACCCGCAAUGCUCGCCGAGCUGCCAAAUCCAUCAAAGACUUUUUCAGCGUCAAUCAAUCCAAUGAGAAGGUCCGCUUUGUUGUGGCCUCACUCCCAGAUGUGGACAACCCAGUUGCCUCAAUAUACCUCUAUGAAGAUGGAGAGCUGGUCAGCAAGAACUUUGAGUUGCCCUCAAAACCUCUCCCUCUCCUGAUCAGUGAACUGAGACACGACAGCAUUCAGCUGAAGUUUCAGCCAGCUGAACAUGGAAAGGCUACAAUCUCCAGCUAUCUGGUAGAGUACAAGGUUGCAGGGGAAGAAAACUGGAAGACUGCGAGGACAGAGGAUGCUGGGGAGAUGUUCCUGCUGAAAGAUCUGCCUCCAAACACAGAGUACCAGCUCCAGUACGCUGCUUGUUGCAAGCCAGGCCUUAGUAAAAGGAGUGACCUGAGCCCACCCAUUAAGACCCUUCCCACCAGCCCUCCUGAGAAAUUAAGAAUGGUCACUGCAGCAUCUUCUGUCAUCUCUGUGGCCUGGAUGAGUCCCAGCAUCGUUGCGUCAGGAGUUGUGGUCAAGGAAUACAAGGUGGAGUACAGAAUGGCGGAGGCUGAAGCUGGGAAGGACCAAUGGACUGAAAAAAGGACUGGGAGAAAAACAGAAUUUUAUCCCAUUGAAGGUCUGAAGCCCCAGAGGAUGUAUAGAGUACGGGUGUCGGCCGUGUGUGAUAAUAGAGCUUUGAGUGCCCCCAGCGAGGAGGUGGCGGUCUCCACAUCACUGGAGGAGGAAGAUGGAGGAAACAUAGCCCACCAAUUCCCAGUGGAAGGCGCAGAGAGCUGGCAAAUCCUCUAUUUUCUUCAUAAUAAGAAGCGGAAUUUGGUCAAGAACCCAAACGGAGAAGAGGGUCUCCAGCAUUGGAAGGAUGUGCAAAACGGGGGCGACGGCUGGAAAGUGGAAGAGCUGCCGGGCGAUUCCGGAAAGGAUUUCCCCAGGGAGGAAGUCCACACCUAUUUCGUGUCCUCUUUUGGCUGGUGCAGCAAAUCCCAAAUAAUUGACCUGCAAGCUGAAGGCUACUGGGAGGAGCUGAUGGAUACCACCCAGCCCAAAAUCGUAGUAAAGGACUGGUAUGCUGGUCGCUGCGAUGCUGGCUGCCUUUACCACCUGAAGGUGAAGCUGCUGUCUGCUAAGAAAGACGUGGUGGCCGAAUUCAAGAGCGAAACCAUAUCGGUCCCCCUGGACAAGGAGGGCGAGUGGGCUGAGGUCACUCAUACUUUCGCUGAUUAUGGUCCCGGCGUGCGCUUUGUCCAUUUCGAACACAGCGGUAAGGAUACGGUGGUCUGGAAGGGCUGGUACGGCGCCCGGGUGACAUCCAGCACAGUGACGGUGGAACCUUAACUCUCGGCAUUUACAGGCUGGCCCUUCUGCAGGAAACCCUCAAUAUGAGACGAUGCCUGGGAACUGGCAAAUAUCGCAUUAAAAGCAAAAAAAAAAAAAGUCCAUUCAUUUAGCCAGCAAAGAAAGGCCCCUCUUAACAGCAUUAUGCCCCCUCCCCUCCCCCGGGCAAAGCAGUGAACUGGGCCCCCCUAUAACAACUACUCAGGAAUAAAAAUGUAAAUGGUUAAUAAAGUUAAACAUAUUUAUUUUAUUGGCACUUCCAACAUAAUCGGUGUUGGUAUGAAGCCCCUCUGCUCGUGGGGGCCCAUAAGCCCUGCUUGGCCGUUGUUUAACCAAGAGCCCCUGCAUAUCCACUGGGCAGAUGCAUAAAUAAAUUCAGAUUCCAAAAAAAAAGGUUACAGCUGUAUUUGUGAACAAGAGAAACAACUCUCAAAAGGGGAAGGAGAGGGAGAGAGGAGGAGAGAGAGGAGAGAGAAAGAAGAGAAGAGAGAAAGAGAGGAGAGAAAGAAGAGAGAGCAAGGAGAAGAGAGAGAGGAGAAAGAGAAGGGAAGAGGAGAGAGAGAGACCUCAAUGGCUAAAUUAGGUAUUACAGAUAGUUCUCAAUUUACAACAAUUCAUUUAGUGACUGUUUGAAGUUACAAAGCAGUGGUGGGAUUCUGCCGGUUCUAGGCGGUUCGGCCGAACCGUUUAUUAAAUUGCUGGUUCGCCCCGCCCCUUGCCCCUCCACUCCCCAUCAUUACUUACCGGUAUCUGUCCGCGGCUGCGUGGCGCUUGGAUCUGCAGCGAGGCCACCAACCGAUCUAUGCAGCUCUGCCCUCCCGAUCCGAGCCCCAGGCGGCUGCUGGCCGAAGCCUGCUUGCAUCCAAGCAUCUCGCUGGCCAG